UCUGACGUCACAACCGCCGUAAACAACAAUAAGGAAGUGGAGAGGGAAGUCCCGAUGUGCAAAAUGCAACAGUCACGCAAACUAUAUUAGGAGAGAUUUCUCGUUUUCCACGUGUAAAAGGUAGCGAUGGAGGGCUCCAAGUCGUCGAGCACAACGAUGCAGGUGAGCUUCGUGUGUCAGCGGUGCUGCCAGCCGCUCAAACUGGACACAUCCUUCAAUGUGCUCGAUCGAGUCACUAUCCAGGAACUUAUUGCUCCGUUGGUCACAGUGACCCCCAGCAAACAGACUGACAGUAGUGAGGGGGAGACGGCACCAGAGGAGACCUUUGCAGAAAAUAAGCAAGAUGGAGUGUCGAGAAAAUACAUCCCUCCUGCACGCAGGAUGAUGUCCACAGAGAGCGCCAACAGCUUCACACUGAUCGGAGAAGCAUCUGAUGGAGGCACCAUGGAAAAUCUAAGCCGGAGACUGAAGGUGACCAGUGACCUGUUUGACAUCAUGUCGGGCCAGACAGAUGUGGAUCACCCACUGUGUGAGGAAUGUACUGACACCCUGCUGGACCACCUGGACACACAGCUCAACAUCACAGAGAACGAAUGCCAGAAUUACAAGCAGUGUCUGGAGCUGCUGUCACACCUGCAGGUGGAAGAGGAGGAGACCCUGCUGACAGAGCUGCAGCAGCUGAAUGAGGAGGAGGAGGCCCUGGUCCAGGAGCUGGAGGCAGUGGAGGAGCAGAGAGCAGCUGUAGCCCAAGACCUGACCCAGAGCAGGAUCCACUCUCAGCAGCUGGACACAGAGGAGCUGCAGUACCAAAAGGAGUACAGUGAGUUUAAGCGGCAACAGCUUGAGCUGGAUGAUGAGCUGAAGAGCGUUGAGAACCAGAUGCGUUACUGCCAGAUUCAACUAGAUCGCUUGAAAAAGACCAACGUCUUCAACGCCACCUUUCACAUCUGGCACAGCGGGCAGUUUGGUACCAUCAACAACUUCCGCCUAGGUCGACUCCCCAGUGUUCCUGUGGAGUGGAAUGAGAUUAACGCCGCCUGGGGGCAGACGGUGCUGCUGCUUCACGCCCUGGCCAACAAAAUGGGGCUGCGUUUCCAGAGAUAUCGCCUCGUCCCAUAUGGAAACCACUCAUACCUCGAGUCCCUGACAGACAAGUCCAAGGAACUUCCACUGUACUGCUCUGGUGGCCUGAGGUUCUUCUGGGACAAUAAAUUCGACCACGCCAUGGUGGCCUUCCUGGACUGUGUCCAGCAGUUCAAAGAGGAGGUGGAGAAAGGAGACACAGGCUUCUGCCUUCCAUACAGGAUGGAUGUGGAGAAAGGCAAGAUCGAGGACACGGGUGGCAGCGGCGGGUCCUACUCCAUCAAGACCCAGUUCAACUCUGAGGAGCAGUGGACCAAGGCGCUCAAGUUUAUGCUCACCAACCUAAAGUGGGGACUGGCCUGGGUCACCUCACAGUUCUACAACAGAUAAACCUGCUGGACGAUGCCUUGGGAUGUCAAACCUCACCCAUAGUCAUAUGUACCUCUAAUAACUGGAAUCUGUGUGUGACUCUUAUCUGGAUAACAUGGGCACCAGAAAAGAAAUGGUUAUGUCUGCGCCACUCUGCAAAACCUUUCAGCAUUUUCAUGCAAAAUGCACAGAGCACUGUCUAGAACUUCAGUCUAGAUUGUUUGUGUUUUUACAUGUUCCAAAGAGGAGAUCAUAGAGAUGGAGAUUUGAAGUCCACUAUGGAAGCUAAAAUGCGGCACAGGAUGUCUUUAUGUGGUCUGAAAGUGAGGAGGAUAAAUACAGGUGUGUCUUCUGUUUUGAUGUGCUUCACUAAUUAAUAUCUGGCAUUUUCCUAGAAGUGUAUUAAAACUAUUUCUCUCCCUCAGAUUUGAAUGUACUUUAAAGCUUCCCCAAAUAGUUUGAA